AUGGCAUCUUCAGCCAGAACAAGUUCUUCAACAACUGAGACUCAAACAUCUGAACCUACAACCUCUGCCACAACAAACACUCCUUCAACUGAAACUUCCACAACUACUUCAAUACCACCUGCCAGUACAAGCUCUUCUACAACUGAAUUUCAAACAACAGCAGCUACAACAGCCUCUGCCACAACAUCUAACUCCAACACUUUAUCAACUGAACCUCAAACAUUCACAACUCUUUCAACAUCUCUUGCCAGUACAAGCUCUUCUACAACUGAGACUCAAACAGCAGCACCUAUAGCAUCUCCUGUCAGUACAAACUCUCUACAACUGAGACUCAAACAGCAGAAUCUACAAGUAGCAGCCUCUGCCACAACAAACUCUCCAUUAACGGUGUCUUCAACAUCAGCUCCUUCCACAUCACCUGCUAGUACAAGCUCUUCUACAACUGAGACUCAAACAUCUGAACCUACAACAGCCUCUGCCAUGACAAAUACUCCUUCAACUGAGACUCAAACAACCACAACUCUUUCAACAUCUCCUGCCAGCUCUUCUACAACUCAGUCUCAAACAGCAGCACUUAUAACAUCUCCUGCCAAUACAGGCACUUCCACAACUGAGUCUCAAAUAGCAGAAUUGACACCAUCCCCUGCCAAUUCAAGUACUUCUCAAACAGCAGGACCUACAACCACAACAAACUAUCCGUCAUCUCAAACACCAACUUCUUCAAGUGAGCUUUUUUUACACAACUUAAUUUAUAAUUAA